UAACUGUUAUGGACUGGAGAAUCAAGGAUUCACCUGUUAUUUGAAUGCAUUACUUCAGACAUUGUUCCGGACUCCACAAUUCACAAAUCUUAUUAACAGUUCCAGAGAGCAUGCCUUAGAAAGGGCACUUCAUAGAUUAUUUCGAAAGUUAUCGUCUGACAACUCAAGUGUAGGAACAGAAGAUGUCACUCGUGCUCUGCAGAUUGAUGUUAUGAAACAGCAGGAUAUUGCAGAUUGUUUCCGCCUGCUCCUUAAUGAGCUGGAUAUAAAGAAAUCCUCAGAAUAUAACAAGAUUUUUCAGAGCAGAGUUGUUAACAUUCUUGAAUGCGAGGACUGCCAUAAUACUGAUGAAUUGGUACAAGACUUUUCAGUAAUAACACUUCCGGUAAAACCGCAUCUGGCAGAGUCCCUUGAUGAGUUCUGCAAACCCACUACAUUAGAAGGACAAAAUGAAGUCUACUGUAAUAAAUGUUGUAAGAAGACUGCAACAGAGAUGACAUAUACUUUCAAAUGUCUUCCUUCUGUUCUUGUGAUACAACUAAAACGGUUUAUGCAGUAUCGCUAUGUGUUCGAAAAAGAUAGCAGUACCAUUGACAUACCCUUACAGCUUGAAAUUCCAUAUGGAAACUCAAAGGACAAACGCACAAAUGAAAAUUACUCUCUCUAUGCAUUGUGUAACCAUUUUGGAGGAGUUAAUAGUGGCCACUAUAAUGCAGUUAUCAAAUGUAGUGAACACUGGAAUGAGUUUAAUGACAAGUAUUGUUACCCGAGUUGUAUACAAGGAAAUAAAAGUGGCUGCAUAAGCUCAAAGAAUGCUUACUUACUGUUCUAUCAAAAAGACGGAAAAGUUGACGCGAAUGAAUGUGGACAGCCACCAGAAAAAAUGCAUAAUGAAGGUACAGGGGAUGAAUGUAAACAAUUAAAAGAAAAGGGCUACCAUACUCAGGCAAAAAGAUCUGACCUUUCUGUAGCUAAAACAGCUACAAACAGACAAGUGUCUACUAGCCACAGCCAACAGCUGUCGACGCUGAGAAAGCCAACAAUGGACGUCACAGGAGAUCUGAGCUCUGUUUCAUACAGGACAAAUGAUUAUUCACGAUCUACAGUGAGACAUACGAUAAAAGACUACACAAGAGAUCGGAGCUCUGCUACGUACAGGACAAGCAAUUCUUUACCAUCGACAUCGAGACAGACAAUAAAGGAAUACAUAAGUGAUCUGAGCUGUACUGCAUACAGGACAAGUGAUUAUUCACCAUCUGCAUUGAAAAGUACAACAAAGGACUGCAGAGGUGAUCUGAGCUUUAGUACAGACAGGAACAAUGAGUUUUCAAGUCUGUGGAUGAAAAAAAUGCCCACAGUGCCUUCAUCUAAGUGUAUUCAGAAACAACAACGUGUAGAACCCCUGUUUGAAGCAGCACAUGGAUACACCUCAAGUGCAUUUGUGAAUAGUCAAAGCAUUGUGGACUUAAAGAACACCUCCAAAAGUGAAGCCAGGAUAGGAAAACAACUUCGGAAAAUAAAAAAUCCCAUCGUAAAAUCAGACUUUUCUAAAUUAUAGGUGAUACUAAUUAACUGCAUGUUCACCAAGAUUACAAGUUAAGCAAAUAACAUUGUUUUCCUCAGCAAGCUAUUUUGUAUAUUUGUUUAGUGGACUGUUUCUCUUGUAAAGCAAUACCCUGUAGCUUCCAAAGCAUUGUCAUAUGUAAUUCUGUAAAUAUAUUUUUUUGUCUUUUAUAACAGUUUCAUAUUGUGAUGUGUGUGACACUAGGCUUGCAGGUUUCUAAAAUGAAAUGUCAGAGUAAACACACUUGAUCAUAUAUUUCAGAGCUAAUGUGAAUUUUGUAUACAGAGGCAUUCUAUUUUUUUAUACCAUGUAUUUUAUAAGUCUGUGUAAAAGCACUUUCUUUAGUUUUAGAUCAGCAGGUUCAUAUCAAACCGGUACUUCAAUUUCCAGCAGCUGGUAGUAAAAUGCCUUUUUUUUAUUGCUAUUAGAAAAUUCAGCAGCUUAUUAAUCCAUGUAAGAGUUAUAUUUAUUUUAUUUUUUAUUGACAUUUGAUUAACAAUAAAGUCUGACUGGAUAGGAAA